UGUUACCGUAGUCAACGUCUCCUUCAGCCCUCCUCACGAACGUCAAAUUUCGUUUUCAAAAUAUGGAUCUACCCCACUACCCUUUCAUAUCGUAGAUUUUGUUCUAAAUUCUCACUCCUGCUCUACCAAAGUUAAGCUCUGUGAGGAUAAUUGAUCUCAUUUCGUCUUCAUUUUCUCGCUGCCGCAAGGGACUCUAGCCGCAACCAGCCACAGCCUCAACGUUCCAUCACCAAGCCAGAAUGCGCGUAAUGAAUUAGUUAACUUUUUAACAUUCGCUCGGCCGAUCAUCAAUAUCAGUUUAUGUGUUAAAUUAACUCAGCAUGGUUCGUCCUGCCAGAAAAGCAGAAACAAGCGCUCCAAUCAUUACAAUCCCUGAUCCCGCGUGCAAUCAGGUUGGACUGGCAGCCAAAUGGGUUGGUAUUGAUAAACUUGCUGUCCAUGCAUGUGAACACAAAACCGUAGAUUCUCCUGAUUCGCGGAGUGGAGUAGCCCCAAUCGACUCGAAGGUUCAUUACUUGCGCCAGGAUGUGGUGUUAUUCGAUCCCAUUGUGAGGAAACUUGUUAAUGAGGCUAGUGGAUUAUUCAUUGCUGGUCAGUCAAUACGUCCAGCCACUGGUUUGGAACCAAGAUCAGAUACCGUCAAAUUAAGUAGACAGUACAGGUCGAUUCUUCAUGACUGCAUAGAGCAUUUACAAGAAGAAUCCACCAAACAGAAAAAAGAAUAUUAUUCAAGAUAUGUAGCGAUUUUCUAUAACAUCGAGUUUGUUUGGCAUCUAUGUGAAAUUCUCUACGUCGAUGUUGUUGCAGGUGAUAUUGUGUUACCACAACUCACGGACUGGAUCAAGUUUCAUUUCUCAGAGCAUGAGCGUAUUGCAGAUACCAUCCUCACAGGAUAUGCCGGCUCGAGGGAAUUGACAUCCAGUGGUGCAGAAACGUUGCAUCCGGAGUAUUGGAAUACCAUUAUUGGCUUAAUCCUCCAAGGCAAUAUGGAACAUUCGCGUGCUUUACUCCGAUUGCAUUCCUUGGCAGACACUGAACCAUUUUUGCAAGCACAUAAAUUCUUGCGCUCCAGGCCUGUCUACAGUGUGUAUGGAGGACUGUCUCUCGGAGAGUUUACCAUUCGUUGGAAAACAUGGCAAUCAACUGUUCAAAGCGAAAUUCAUUCUGGGACAUUCUCAUCGCAAAAACAUUUACUUACCAUCAUGAAGAUUGUGAUCGGAGAUGAGAGUAUCACAGAGGUCAUUCGCAAGUAUUGCAGCACCUGGUAUCAGUACAUGGUUGCUCUUUUGUUGUACACCGAUCCAACAGUGAAGUCUUAUGAUCUCAGCUAUCAUGCUCAGCAAUGUAUCAAUGCUUACGGGGGCCAAGAACGUCUGAAGCUACUGGAUGUGCUGAUCCUUGCUCUUCUUGAAUCUGAUUUACAGCAGGUCAUCCAAAAACUACAAUUCACCUCUGACAGUGGCUGGGCAGUAUCCCAUUUGAGCAACUUGCUAUAUUUAUGUGGUCGCAUCUCCUUUGAUAAGAACUAUUCUAAAGACAGUGAUUCCAUCCAGAGGCUGGACGAAAGACUUUUACUCGAUUACGGAACACUCCUAUUGUCACAUCAUUCGUUGUGGCAAAUUGGUGUCACUUACCUCGAUCACUGUCCUUCUGAAGGCAGGGCUCGGCUUGAAUUAUGUCUCAGUGCCUUGCCGAUUGACAAUGAGGCACGGGCUAAACGGAUUAUUCAGAUCGCUCAAGAGAGGGAGAUGGCAGAUGUUGUGGCUAGCAUUUGUAAAGUUCUUGGUAUGAGAUCGUUGAAACAGAAUCGCCUUGGUAAUGCAUUGGUGUGGGCUUUUCGGUCUCAAGAUUCUGCAUUUGCUACUCAUUUAGCUGAUCUAUUUCUGCAGAGGUACAACAAAGAUGGGGUCUUUCAAUCCAGUGACAUUUUGGAUCAUCUAGGGUCUGCAAUGUUGAUUUGUGAUCGUCUAACUUUCUUAGGUAAAUACUGCGAGUUUCAUCAGCACUACCGGAACAACCAAUUAAAAGAAGCUGCUAUUCUGCUAACUGAAUUAUUAGUUUCAAAAUUAUCACCUAAAUAUUUCUGGUUAACAUUACUAACGGAUGCUUUACCUCUGCUGGAUUCAGAACUGGAACCUAUCCUCUCUUACUCCGACACUUGUCAGUUUUUGUACUGUCUGGAGGAACUGAUAUCUGAAAGACUGGACAGUCCAACAUCCCAGUAUUCUAGCCAAUUUGAAGAAAAGGUUAAACUAAUACGAUUGGCUCUUGCUAAGAACAUGGCUCGGACUCUCACACUUGAAGCUUGCGUCCCAAGCAAUGUAACGGCAAACAGUACUAUGUUGGGGAUUCUAAAAAUAUAAGCAAUUUUACGAUGACGCUUAAUCGGAAAUUCGCGACGAGAAAAGAUCUAUCUCUCUCUUAUCCUCUUACUUUGUAAAUUUAUUUUUUUACUAAUAAGAAAUGUAAGGAUUCCUUUUUUAUUUCUCUCAAAAAUUGAAGUCAUUCAAAAACUGAAUUUUUAUGCAAUCUGUUGUCCCAAAAGUUUUUAUGAAAAUACACAAUAAUUGGAAACCUGCAUUUUUUAAUUUUCUUUACUCUUAUUAGACUUUAAAUCCAUUCCCGGGACAUUCAAACUAUCCCAUUGAAGGAAAAGCUCAAAUAUUAUGUAAAGUAUUAUGUCUGGGUUUCUUGUGCAAACGCACCUGCUAACUGAUUAAUCUAUUUGGAAUGCUCUUGAAACUUGAUUCUUUCUUCUUAGACUAUAUUAUUCUUUAGUUGAGUCCAUCAAUUAAUGCUGUUUUGAUUCAGAAAUCAGCAGCCUGGAAAUGGAGGAAAGGGAUGCGUUUUUCACUAUUUUCCAGUCUAAGUUGACUAUUUUGUUUAAUUCACAGAGAUAAUGUAUAAAAUAAUUAUUAAAUGAUAAUUCUUCUAAAAUCCUACAUUAAUCUGUAUUUCAUAACUCCAAAAGUUUCUGAUGGGUGGAACAGUAUGGUAUUGGUUCGAUAUUACAGUAGUCAGUUUUGCAUUCAAUACAAAUUUCAUGAUGAGGGAAAUUUUCUUCGCAGGAAUUUAUUUUGUGACAAAAUCUCUCAGAGUAGUUUCCGUAUUGUUCAAAACAUGCUGAAAUGCAAACCUCGCCCUCUAAGCAUAUCUCAGUCCUCACUGUUCCGGCUUGGAUUUGCUGUUCACAAUAUUCAACAGUUCCGGAACAGUAAACACAUUUCAUGCUCCGCGGUCCUCCAGUCAAAAAUUGUGAUAUACUGUGCAGGUUUGCCAUUGAAAAUUGUAUACUUGUCUUAAAAGUUGUCAUUGUGAAGAAUGUCCCCAAACAUAUGAAUAUAAUCAUGAGAAUACA